CGGGCGAUAACGGCCGCUGGUAACGGCCGCCCCUGACGACGCCUCCGGGAGGCGGGAGCUCCGCACGGUGCCGCCCCUGGCAAAGAUGGCGUGGCGCGCGCUGCGGCGGGUCGGGCCGGUCCUGGCGUCCCGCUGCCCGCGCCUCUCGCCGCUGCCGCUGCGGGUGCCCGCGGCCCGGAGGCUGGUCACCAGCUCGCUGGUGCUGUCCGCCCGCAAAUUCACAGACAAGCAUGAAUGGGUAUCAGUUGAAAAUGGCAUUGGAACAGUAGGAAUCAGCAAUUUUGCACAGGAAGCAUUAGGAGAUGUUGUUUACUGCAGUCUUCCAGAAAUUGGGACAAAAUUGAGUAAACAUGAUGAGUUUGGAGCCUUGGAAAGUGUGAAAGCUGCUAGUGAACUCUACUCGCCUCUCUCAGGAGAGGUGACUGACGUUAACGCUGCCCUCGCAGAUAAUCCAGGGCUCGUCAAUAAAUCUUGUUAUCAAGAUGGUUGGCUUAUCAAGAUGACUGUGGAAAACCCUGCUGACCUUGAUGAAUUGAUGAAUGAAGAUGCCUAUGAGAAAUACAUAAAAUCCAUUGAGGACUGAGCUGGAAUAAUGAAAUAAAUCCAUAUAAAAUA